CAAAACAAAAGAUGGUUCGUGCGUGAGGUUUUUGACAUGGAUGUGUUUUUUUGUUCGGUUGUAGCCGCCUGCUCCUCCCGGGGCGGGUGGUGUAGCUCGGACAUGAAGCUUUGAGGGCUGUGUGGUCGCUUCAGAGUGUCAGGAGUGUCAGGGAUGCGGCGCCUGCUCUGCAAGUUCAUUUCAUCCCCGCCAGCUGCGGAGCGACAGCGUCCUGCUGAGAGAAGCCAUCCAGUGGAAAUGCGGUGCAUCUGCAGGGAGACCUGGUCCGGGUGCUCCGCCGGACAAGCUGAGGAGGCCUGAGCGGCCUCCGCCUCCGGAUUAGAUGGUGGCAGAAGGCAAGUGUGCAAGACAAGAUAAGCAAACCCAGAAGCUGUCCUGGCCGCACUGCAGAUAAGCAGAAGCUGCGAGUCUGCUUGCUCUUUGGCUGACAUUGUUGCUUUUCUGGGCCUCUUUCUGUGCCAGACUGUAUUUGUGGGAGUAGAUGUUCCUAUUAAUAAUACAUGUAUUGGGCAGCAGCCUCUGAACUAUAAAUGUAAGCUUGGAACAGUGGGGGUUUAUUCUUCUUAACGCCUAAGUAAGGUGGAUUUAGCUUGAAAUGAUGGCUGACCACGAGGAAGCCGAGUUGUCAGAGUCCCUUCAGAAAGAGGACGGAUUCUCCAGUGAGCAGGAGGAGUCGGGUACAAACUUUAAGUCUAAAAGUUUACCUAUUUUAAAUGAAGAAGGGCCUCAAGAGGAAACCUUACUGUCCAGUUCUGUGCGCAUGUCCAUAACGGCAGAAGAGAGUGCAGAAUUCAUCCAGCUCCCGGCCAAGACUGAGUCCUUCCAGGCCGAGUCCCCGACAAGAACGAACUACCUGCCCAAGCCGGGGAAGUCGGCGCUGAACAGGCCCAGCUCCUACAUGGAAAACACGGAGAUCCGUAGGAGUAAAAACAUGGCGAGAAGGAAGCCUCCGGGGUUUUUCACUUCCAGACUGGCUCAGAUUCGCCUGCCCAGCAGGAAGUACCUGGGCCUUGUCUUACAGGACUCUCGCUGUUUCCUGUUCUGCAUGUGCUACCUGACGUUCAUUCAGUCGCUCAUGGUGUCAGGCUACCUCAGCAGCGUCAUCACCACCAUCGAAAAGAGGUACAGCCUGAGAAGCUCCGAAUCCGGCCUCCUCGUCAGCUGUUUCGACAUAGGGAGCCUCCUAGUGGUCGUCUUCAUCAGCUACUUCGGCGGACGGGGCCAGAGGCCUCGCUGGCUGGCGGUGGGCGGGGUGUUCAUCGCCGUGGGUGCUGCACUCUUCUCCUUACCUCACUUUAUCUCGCCGGCCUACCAGAUCCAGGAGGUCAACUCGUCCUCUGGCAACGAGGGCCUGUGCAUGAACAGCAACGCCAGCGGCAGAGACCGUGUUGACAUCACUUCCUGUCCCAGAGACCAGGAGGGCAACGAGCACAACCUGUAUGUGGCGCUGUUUGUUAUCGCUCAGAUCCUGGUGGGCAUGGGCUCCACGCCCAUCUACACGCUGGGACCCACCUACCUGGACGACAACGUGAAGAAGGAGAACGCCUCGCUGUAUCUAGCCAUCAUGUAUGUGAUGGGAGCUCUGGGACCGGCGGCGGGUUACCUGCUGGGAGGAGUCCUGAUCGGCUUUUACGUGGACCCCAAGACUGUGGUCAACAUCGAUCAAAGCGACCCCCGCUUCAUUGGCAACUGGUGGAGCGGGUUCCUGCUGUGCGCCGUGGCCAUGCUGCUGGUCAUCUUCCCCAUGUUCACCUUCCCCAAGAAGCUGCCGCCCCGACACAAGAAGAAGAAGAGGAGGAAAAAGCUGAGCAUGGACGACAUGUCCAGCGACGACGACGUCCUCAAGGAGAAGAGCAACAACGGCAAGAGCCAGACGGUCACCUCGUCCAUGGGCUUCGGAAAGGACAUCAAAGACCUCCCCAAAGCAGCAGUGAGGAUCCUCAGCAACGUGACCUUCCUGUUCGUCAGCCUGUCCUACACGGCAGAAAGCGCCAUCGUCACCGCUUUCAUCACCUUCAUCCCAAAGUUCAUCGAGUCUCAGUUUGGCAUCCCAGCCUCCAGCGCCAGCAUCUACACCGGUGUGAUUAUCGUGCCCAGCGCCGGCGUGGGCAUCGUCCUGGGCGGCUACAUCAUCAAGAAGCUGAAGCUGGGAGCUCGCGAGUCGGCCAAGCUGGCUAUGAUCUGCAGCGGAGUGUCCCUGCUCUGCUUCUCCACGCUGUUCAUCGUGGGCUGCGAGAGCAUCAACCUGGGAGGAAUCAACAUCCCCUACACCACCGGACCGACUCUGACCAUGACCCAGAGGAACCUGACCGGCGGCUGCAACGUCAACUGCGGCUGUAAGAUCCACGAGUACGCUCCGGUCUGCGGCUCCGACGGCAUCACGUACUUCAACCCCUGCCUGGCGGGCUGCAGCAGCGUGGCCAACGACAGCACGGGGAUUCGGAACUACUCAGACUGCGCCUGUGUCCAAAGCCGGCAGGUCAUCACGCCGUCGUCCGGCGCUCAGGGCGGCAACCAGCUGCAGCUGGUCAUCGUCAAGACCUACCUGAACGAGAACGGCUACGCGGUGUCGGGGAAGUGCGACCGCACCUGCAGCACCCUCAUCCCCUUCCUCAUCUUCCUCUUCAUCGUCACGCUCAUCACUGCCUGCGCCCAGCCCUCCGCCAUCAUCGUCACCCUCAGGUCUGUGGCGGAGCAGGAGAGGCCGUUCGCUCUGGGAAUGCAGUUUGUUCUCCUCAGGACUCUCGCUUACAUCCCGACUCCCAUCUACUUCGGCGCCGUCAUCGACACCACCUGCAUGUUGUGGCAGCAGGACUGCGGCGUCCACGGCUCCUGCUGGGAGUAUGACGUCACCUCCCUGCGUUUCGUCUACUUCGGCCUCGCCGCCAGCCUCAAGUUCCUCGGCUUCCUCUUCAUCUUCCUCACCUGGUACUCCAUCAAGUACAAGGAGGAGCGGGUGGAACGCUGGCUCAAGCGCCACCUGUCGCCCGUCGACACCGUGGGCAGCCUCGUCUGCCACCCGGGUGGCCACAAGGGCCACGCCCGCACCCGCUCCUGCCCCGUCAACAUCCCCCGCACCGACCCCAACGCUCUGCCCGCAAACGCUCCACCUCGCGCCGGCGCCCUGAACCGCGGCGUCAGCACCCAGAGUUGCCCUGGCAACGAGCUUAAAGCAAUAACUCCUCCCCCUCCGGCCACGCCGUCGCCCGCAGCGCCGCCUGCCCCGGCGCCGGCCCGUUCGCUGGAACACGUCUCCGUCCGAGUCUGAGUUUCAGAAAGGGGGGUGGACAAUGAGGCAGGUCUCACCCACUGACAUGACUUUUAUUCUGAAAUCCAGUCUGGAUUUUAGCCGCUGCCAACGCACCAAUCAUCACGCGGAGGUCCUGCCGUCAUCUCAUCACCAAAGCGGCUUUUGCGUUUUGUCUGCGCCACCGGCCUGGACGUCCUGAUCCACUCAGAACCUGCAGGUCUGCAGUCGAAUGAUGAAAAGUUUGGCGAACCAACCAGGAGCGACACGAACAGUCAGUUUGCUCAGUGAAAAGGCUGAGGCGGUCUGGAGUUUCCUUUGCGAUCACCAGCCGGCGCAGUAAGCGGACAAAGACUGGAUGGCUCAUAAACCCCCACCUGCCCCACCUGCCCCCACCUCCCCCUCACCUCGGCAACAUGUGCCUUCUGUCACCGCGGUCCUCACAUGUGCAGCAUCCGUACGAACAAACACUCGGGACACGCUGGACGUCCCGCAGACUGUGGUCACCCUGUAGGAACACGAGUCACAUGACCAGAUACCUCAGCUUCGCCAAACCUACGGCCUCCCCUUCGCCUCACGUCUGCCAGCUUCUUCUUCACUUUCAUUCCUCCUCCCUCACGCGAGGGAUUUUUGUUUCGCACUCACAGGAAACAAAAAACAACACAAACCCCGUGGAAAUGUGACCGAUGGCAUGGUGCUACGUGAACAACGAUGUUUAGUGUCCUUUCUGUUCUUCUUCUUCUUUCUGGCGGUUCUUCAGGGGUUAAGAACACUUGAAAGGAGCCCAGCUGGAUGACGGGUCACUGGGCUAAGCAGCUUGGCAUGCACAGAAUGCGUUCCUGUGCAGCGCGAGGCCUUUUGGCGCCCCCGUGACACAAUGACAUGUAGUAUUACUGCUGGAAGUCGGAUUGUUUGGCUUUCGCCAGCUCCGUACAAAGCAUCCAUACACCCGAGCCGUCCCCCUCCCGACGAGCCGCUUGACCCGAAAAGAGUCGACCACAUUCCCCAGCUGGACGAGUCACCAGGAGCCCGCCGCUCGUCUGGAAGGACGAGGUCGGACUGGGAAAACGCUCUGAGCGCGUGUCAAGGCUCAGCCACUCGCUAACCGACACCAACAUCUGGACCGAAGCUGCAGGCAGACGCGGUCGCCCAUCAGCGCGUCGCGUGCUCGAAGCUGGAACAGUUAGAGGUGGAGUUUUUACUCGGUGAGAUCUUCAGAGGCGGUCAGGAAGAGGAAGGAUCGAGAACGUUUCAGCAGUAACGAGUCAACGUUCAAAUCGUAUCCCAAACAAAGACAAAACAAAAACGGAAGCAAAGACGUGACAAUUUGACUUUUAUAAGUAACUGAACUGAAACACCAGUUAACUUAAAAAAUCAUCUUUUUAAACUCACCAAAAUGAUUUUUCUGCUUUGAGCAGCCCGAAGUUAACCCUAAAACAAACGUGAAGCAUCCAGUAAUGUUCCCAUUUGACGCUCAGAGGAUCAGUUACUCAAUUCCAACUGUAAAGGGUUAAUCCGAGGCGUUUCUGAGCUGUGAGAGCUGCAGAAACACAUUUUGGACAAGCUGAAGCAGUGUUAUUUCCUAAUAAUCCACUCACUUCCUGCCUCCUGGCUCGUGACGGGCAGCCUGAAUCACUGAGUGCUGAGAUCGUAUUGGUUUGACUUCUGCUACAAACCCAUCCUUCGCUUCUCGUCUCCCUGUCCGAUCUUCAGACCUUCACGAAGACGCGGCGGAGGUUCGGUGUCACAUGUAAAUAUGUAGGUGAGCUGUCCUCUGGGGACGCCUGCUGGACAGAUGUGGAACAGCAUGUAGGAAGGCCUGAAUUCAGCCAACAUGUCGUCCUGGAGCAGCACAGGACAAAGAGGACAAUGUGAGACAAGACCAGACAGUAUGCAGUAACAGCAGAAGUGUUGUUUGAUGGACUGGUUUACAUACAACAGACGUAGAUUAGAGCUCAUUAGAGAUGAACUGUUUGGAGGACCAAUAGGACGGAGGACGAUGAUCCCACACAUCCUGCCAGUCAGUUCGUGUCCCUCAGACGAGAGAGCUGCUUCCCCGUAAAUGACCGUGUGGUGUGAUCAUCCUGCGCCCGCCAGGAAGCAGCGAAGAAGAAAACUCAGCGCAUGGUUUCAGUACUCAUCACGGUAGAGACAGUAGACUAGAGUAGAAACACACAACUUCCAUUUUCAUGUAAAGCAACAACACGAGUCACUGACAAACUCCGGGUCUGUCGUGUUAGUGAAGCACCGAGACACGCGUCCACCCACUUCCUGUUCCCCUGUGCCGACAUUUCACUUCUAAUCUGCUGUUUCAGUUUGUUUGUGUCCUGUUCAGCUGGGGUCAAACCAACAAGCCACGCCGAGAGGAUGAAAUGCUGAGUCCACUUUCAGAUCAUGAGAAGUCAGCUGGUCCUUCACCCAACCAGAGUCCUGCCAAACCGCAACCGAGUCUGAGCCCAAAUCCACCUCUGAAGUCCUGCAGAGCUGGAAAUGUGGCGGCGACCGGCCCGACUCGACUCAGCAAACGUAAUGUGGACGUUACUGUUAACAGAUAAACAAACAGAACGCAACAUGUCAGCUGCCAGAGCCAGGCUAGCUUUAUGCUAAGCCAGGCUAGGCUAGCUUUAUGCUAAGCCAGGCUAGCUUUAUGCUAAGCUAGGUGAACCACAUGCUAACUGCAGCCCCACAGUCGCCACUGAGACAUGAGAUCGAUUGACACCAAACUGCUCCUUUAACAACACAAACUCCUGUUAUUUCACGUAAUCAGCGUUUUUUUAUCAUCACUUCAAGGAACAGUUUGUUUGUUUCAUUAGCUGCUGCCGUAAUCCCCUCAUUUUGCUGCACACGUGAUAUUUUUCUUGUCAUAUUUUGUCUCAGAAACCGUCUGUUUGACUGAUUUUAAAUUUAGCUAAAAAUAAGCACAAUUUGUGUUUUUAUCAGUUUCCAAAGUGUCCCGACGCACAUUUUAAGUGAAGGAAGGCAAGAACGACGACGUGGUUUGCAGUCAGUCUUGUGGCCUCAGUGUUUCAUCCUCCAGCUGUUUGAUUGUCUCUGAACCUCCUCCUCUUCAGGACGAAGGAGUCGUUUUACCUCCGUGUUUCGUGCCGUCGUUUCAUGUAGUAAUGUGGCAUCAUUUCCAGACUGGGACUGCAAAGACUGAACCCAGACGAGCUCCUUCAGGCAGACGUAGUUUAGAAUAUUCGGUUUUUCUUCUUCUUUUUUAAAAAAUCAGUAUUGUAUUUAUUUGAGCAGGACGGUGUUUUUGACUGGUGAGAGGCAACAUGUAGAUUUGUGGACACACUGUUUACAGAUGCCUUGGAUACUUGACUUCUAUCAAUAAAAAUGUGAAGCUGAAGUCUGCGUUCUGUCGCUUCUUCUGACGAUGCAAAACUGCCCUAAAAACCCCCGAAGUCCACCCUUAGUUUAUAACCGGCCGGCAUCCGUUAGAACCUUUAAUUUAUAUGACUUUUAUGACCGCUGACAUCACGUGUGUUUGGGUGCAGUCACGGAGCCUUAUGAAUGCAUUAUAACGCACUGUGAAUGCCCCAUAACACGCUGAAAGUGGUGUGAAAGAAAACACUGACUGACUCUUAUUGUGAAAAGAAGGAGGAGGAAAUUAAACUUUAACAAUCAUGAGUCGAAUUUAAUUUUGCUUUGCAGUUUUGGUUACAUUAUGUAAGUAAAUAUUGAACACUCUGGGCCUCCAUACUUGUGGAGAAUGUUGACAAAAGACGAGAGCGCAGGAUUUCACAUUUUAAUGAUGCUAUUUUACAGAGAAGCUUUUGGUAAAAACAAAGCGAUUUGGCUUGCAGGACACGCGUGAAGACACGGACGAGUUUUUCCACCAGCAGCUCACAGAUCCUGCGUGUUAACGUGCUGCAGAUUCUUCUUCAGUAAAACAACACGUCACACUCCAGCCUUCAUACUGUCAGACUGAUCCAGUGUUCUGUUAAACCUGGAAGUAGUCAAACAUUCAUGAGAACCGCAGUAAUCUGUAAAUAUUCCUUCUGUCCUUUGCUACAAAUAAGCUCAAUACUGGCCAAGAAACUCCUUUCUGUUCUUUAUGCAGAGUCUGUGGUGAAAGCUUGUUUUCCCACUGACCUCAAACCCAACACGUGUACAAUCACCAGCUAAAAU